AUGAAUUUAUCGAACAUAGCUAAACAUCUUCUCUAUUUGGCUAAAAAUGAAUAUGGAUCUAAAAAUUCUGCAACAACUACCGAUGAAAUUUUUACUGCAGAACGAUUAUUCGAAGUUUUGAAGUCAUUUAAAAACAGUUACUUCAAUGAGUUCUAUACUUAUGAUACUCUCGAAUUUAACGGUGAAUAUGAUGAAGUGACUGAUGAAGAAGAGAGCGAUGAUAAAAUUGAUGAUUACAGUGAGAAUGAAGAUUCUGACAUAAAAAAUUGUUUUACAUUAGAAGAAAUGGAAAAUAUAAUCGAAUGGGUUGACCAACAUCCAAAUGUAGGAAUUGUUUCUAUUUCACAUCGAUUUAGAAAGGUCAAAUACAUGUAUUAUAUUACAAGAGCACUUUCUUUUACUGGUGAAAGAACAACAGAAGUGACUGUUAAAAAGAAAUAUAAUACAACACAUUCUUUUACAGUCCAACCUGUUACAUCAGCCGACGGUCAUUUAUUAGACAAGUUCUUGCUUAUUCUUCAAGAAAAAGGAAAUACAUUUGGUAAAAAUGUGCAAAAACAUUUAAUUGUACCACCAAACAUUGUAGUUAAAGCUUCAAAAUCAGGAAAAAGCAGCAAUGAAAAACAGACUGCUUUUUUACAUGAAGUUUUACGUCCUUUGGUUGGUAAAAAAGUUCUUCUUUUCCUUGAUUCUUGGAAAACUCAAACUGAUCUAACAAAAUUUAGAGCAGGAUUUCCUAAUCAAGACAGUCAAUUAUUGAUUUUUCCUGAAGGAUCAACAGGUUAUAUUCAACCACAAGAUCUUUCUUUAUUUCGUUCAUGGCGAUUUAUUCAUGAAAAAAUCGAACAUUACGUUCAUAUCAAUCAAGUAGAAAUGACCAUAAGUGAUCGUUAA